AUGGAGCAGCCAGUGCUUGUACCACCAGGACCAGACAGCUUCCAAUACUUCACUAGAGAGUCUCUUGCAGCUAUUGAACAACGUAUUGCUGCAGAAAAAGCUAAGAAUUCUAAACAAGAUCGUAAAGACGAUGAUGAAAAUGGGCCAAAGCCAAACAGUGAUUUGGAGGCAGGAAAAACACUUCCAUUCAUAUAUGGUGACAUUCCUCCAGGAAUGGUGUCUGAGCCCUUGGAAGAUAUGGACCCAUAUUAUAUCAACAAAAAAACUUUUAUAGUAUUGAAUAAAGGGAAGGCAAUAUUCCGAUUCAGUGCCACCUCUGCCCUGUACAUUUUAACUCCGUUCAAUCCUCUUAGAAAAAUAGCUAUUAAAAUUUUGGUACAUUCAUUAUUCAGCAUGCUUAUUAUGUGCACUAUUUUGACCAACUGUGUGUUUAUGACCAUGAGUAACCCUCCGGACUGGACCAAGAAUGUAGAGUACACCUUCACUGGAAUAUAUACGUUUGAGUCGCUUAUAAAAAUUAUUGCAAGAGGCUUUUGCUUAGAAGAUUUUACUUUUCUUCGAGAUCCAUGGAACUGGCUCGAUUUCACUGUCAUUACCUUUGCAUAUGUGACAGAGUUUGUGGACCUGGGCAAUGUCUCAGCGCUGAGAACAUUCAGAGUUCUCCGAGCUUUGAAAACAAUAUCAGUCAUUCCAGGCUUGAAGACUAUUGUGGGAGCCCUAAUUCAGUCUGUGAAGAAGCUCUCGGAUGUUAUGAUCCUGACUGUGUUUUGUCUGAGUGUAUUUGCACUAAUAGGGCUGCAGCUGUUCAUGGGCAACUUGAGGAAUAAAUGUCUGCAGUGGCCUCCAGAAAAUUUCACUCUGGAAACAAAUAUAACUUCCCAGCUCAACAGCACCAUUGGUGAAAAUGGUACACUGGUUAAUUCAACAGUGACUCCAUUUGACUGGAAGGGGUACAUUGAGGAUGAAAGUCAUUUUUAUUUUCUGGAAGGGCAAAAUGAUGCUCUCCUUUGUGGAAACAGUUCUGAUGCUGGGCAGUGUCCAGAAGGUUACACGUGUGUGAAAGCUGGUAGAAAUCCCAAUUAUGGCUACACAAGUUUUGACACUUUCAGCUGGGCUUUCUUGUCACUGUUUCGUUUGAUGACCCAAGACUUCUGGGAGAAUCUUUAUCAGCUGACACUACGUGCUGCUGGGAAAACAUACAUGAUAUUUUUUGUUUUGGUGAUUUUUCUGGGCUCCUUCUAUCUGAUCAACUUGAUCCUGGCUGUGGUUGCCAUGGCUUAUGAAGAGCAGAACCAAGCAACCCUGGAAGAAGCAGAGCAGAAAGAGGCAGAAUUUCAACAAAUGCUGGAACAGCUAAAGAAGCAGCAAGAAGCAGCUCAGGCAGCAGCAGUGGCAGCGGCGGCAGUAACAGCAUCUGCAGAGUCCAGGGAACCCAGUGUCGCGGGAGGAGCAGGUGGGCUUUCAGAAAGUUCCUCAGAGGCUUCCAAAUUGAGCUCAAAGAGUGCCAAAGAAAGGAGAAAUAGAAGGAAAAAAAGAAAACAGAAAGAACAGUCUGGAGGAGAGGAAAAAGAUGAAGAUGAAUUUCACAAGUCUGAAUCAGAAGACAGCAUCAGAAGAAAAGGUUUCCGGUUAUCUAUUGAAGGCAAUAGGCUGACAUAUGAAAAGAAAUACUCUUCUCCACAUCAGUCUUUGCUGAGCAUUCGUGGCUCCCUGUUUUCCCCAAGGCGCAACAGCAGAACAAGUCUUUUCAGCUUCAGAGGUAGAGCAAAGGAUAUAGGAUCUGAAAAUGACUUUGCUGAUGAUGAGCACAGCACUUUUGAAGACAAUGAUAGCAGAAGAGAUUCUCUCUUUGUGCCGCGCAGACACGGUGAACGGCGCAACAGUAACAUUAGUCAGGCCAGUAGGUCAUCCAGGAUGCUGGCAGUGUUUCCAGUGAAUGGGAAGAUGCACAGCACUGUGGAUUGCAAUGGGGUGGUUUCCCUGGUUGGUGGACCAUCUGUUCCUACAUCGCCUGUUGGACAGCUUCUGCCAGAGGUGAUAAUAGAUAAACCAGCUACUGAUGACAAUGGCACCACUACAGAGACAGAAAUGAGGAAGAGAAUAUCAGGCUCUUUGCAUGUUUCUAUGGACUAUCUGGAAGAUCCAGCUUUAAGAGAGAGAGCAAUGAGCAUUGCUAGCAUCCUUACAAACACUGUGGAAGAACUCGAAGAAUCAAGACAGAAAUGCCCACCGUGUUGGUAUAAAUUUGCAAAUAUUUUCUUAAUCUGGGACUGCAGUCCUCAUUGGUUAAAAGUAAAGCAUAUUGUCAACUUAGUUGUAAUGGAUCCAUUUGUUGACCUGGCUAUUACAAUUUGCAUUGUUUUAAAUACACUCUUUAUGGCCAUGGAGCAUUAUCCGAUGACUGAUGAAUUCAAUAACGUACUUUCAGUUGGAAAUCUGGUCUUCACUGGAAUCUUCACAGCAGAGAUGUUUCUCAAGAUAAUUGCAAUGGAUCCUUACUAUUAUUUUCAAGAAGGCUGGAAUAUUUUUGAUGGAUUUAUUGUAACCCUUAGCUUGGUUGAGCUUGGUCUUGCAGAUGUAGAAGGGCUCUCAGUUCUUCGAUCAUUCAGAUUGUUACGAGUCUUCAAAUUAGCAAAAUCCUGGCCAACUCUAAAUAUGCUGAUUAAGAUUAUUGGCAACUCAGUGGGAGCUCUGGGAAAUUUGACUCUCGUUCUGGCCAUCAUUGUGUUCAUUUUUGCUGUUGUUGGGAUGCAGCUGUUUGGGAAAAACUAUAAGGAAUGUGUCUGCAAAAUUGCAAGUGAUUGUGUACUUCCACGAUGGCACAUGCAAGAUUUUUUUCACUCUUUUUUGAUCGUAUUCCGAGUGCUGUGUGGAGAAUGGAUAGAAACAAUGUGGGACUGCAUGGAGGUUGCUGGCCAAGCAAUGUGCCUUACUGUCUUCAUGAUGGUCAUGGUGAUUGGAAACUUAGUGGUGCUGAACCUAUUUUUGGCCUUGCUGCUGAGCUCAUUUAGUGCUGACAACCUUGCUGUGACAGAUGAUGAUAAUGAAAUGAACAAUCUCCAAAUUGCAGUAGCAAGAAUGCAGAAGGGCAUAGACUAUGUGAAAAGAAAAGCACGUGAAUUCAUCCAAAAAGCUUUCGUUAAAAAACAAAAAGCUUUAGAUGAAAUCAAACCACUUGAAGAUUUGAACAACAAAAACAGUUGUAUUUCCAACCACACUGCAGAAUUGAGCAAGGACCAUGAUUAUAUUAAAGAUGUGAAUGGAACAACUAGUGGCAUAGGCACAGGCAGCAGUGUGGAGAAAUAUAUAAUUGAUGAAAGUGAUUAUAUGUCAUUCAUAAACAACCCAAGCCUGACUGUGACAGUGCCCAUUGCUGUGGGUGAAUCUGACUUUGAAAAUUUAAAUACAGAGGAGUUUAGUAGUGAAUCAGACCUGGAGGAGAGCAAAGAGAAGCUAAAUAUGUCCAGUUCAUCUGAAGGCAGCACAGUUGACAUUGGACUUCCUGCAGAAGAGCAACCAGAAGCUGAACCUGAGGAAUCCAUGGAGCCAGAGGCCUGCUUCACUGAAGGCUGUGUACGGAGGUUUAAGUGCUGUCAAGUAAGUGUAGAAGAAGGGAGAGGAAAGCAGUGGUGGAAUCUCAGAAAAACAUGCUUCAGAAUUGUUGAACACAACUGGUUUGAGACUUUCAUUGUCUUUAUGAUUCUCCUCAGCAGUGGAGCCCUGGCUUUUGAAGAUAUAUAUAUUGAACAGCGCAAAACUAUCAAGACCAUGCUGGAAUAUGCUGACAAAGUCUUCACUUACAUCUUCAUUCUGGAAAUGCUGCUGAAGUGGGUGGCCUAUGGCUAUCAAACAUACUUUACUAAUGCCUGGUGCUGGCUGGACUUUCUGAUUGUUGAUGUCUCUUUGGUUAGCUUAACAGCAAAUGCAUUGGGUUACUCUGAACUUGGUGCCAUUAAGUCCCUUAGGACACUAAGAGCUUUGAGACCUCUAAGAGCAUUGUCACGAUUUGAAGGCAUGAGGGUGGUUGUGAAUGCCCUUUUAGGAGCAAUUCCAUCCAUCAUGAACGUUCUUCUCGUUUGUCUUAUAUUCUGGCUAAUUUUCAGCAUCAUGGGAGUAAAUCUGUUUGCUGGGAAGUUCUACUACUGUGUUAACACCACAACUGAUGAAAGGUUUGAAGUCGACCAAAUCAACAAUUUUAGUCAGUGCGAGGAACUCAUAAAAAACAAUCAAAGUGCCCGAUGGAAAAACGUGAAAGUAAACUUUGAUAAUGUAGGAUUUGGGUAUCUUUCUUUGCUUCAAGUAGCUACAUUUAAAGGCUGGAUGGAUAUUAUGUAUGCAGCUAUUGACUCAAGAGACGUGUUACAGCAACCCAAGUAUGAAGACAACUUGUACAUGUAUUUAUAUUUUGUCAUCUUUAUCAUUUUUGGGUCUUUUUUCACCCUGAAUCUGUUCAUUGGUGUCAUCAUUGAUAACUUCAAUCAGCAGAAAAAGAAGUUUGGAGGUCAAGACAUAUUUAUGACAGAAGAGCAGAAGAAAUACUACAAUGCAAUGAAGAAGUUGGGAUCCAAAAAACCACAAAAGCCUAUACCAAGACCAGGGAACAAGUUUCAAGGCAUGGUCUUUGAUUUUGUGACACAGCAAGUAUUCGACAUUAGUAUCAUGAUUCUUAUCUGUCUUAACAUGGUCACCAUGAUGGUAGAAACUGAUGACCAGAGUAAAGAAAUGGAAAAUAUUUUAUACUGGAUAAACUUGGUGUUCAUUGUCCUUUUCACUGGAGAAUGUGUCCUGAAAUUAAUUUCACUCCGCCAUUAUUAUUUCACUAUAGGCUGGAAUAUUUUUGAUUUUGUCGUUGUCAUUCUCUCAAUAGUAGGUAUGUUUUUAGCUGAGAUGAUUGAGAAAUAUUUUGUGUCCCCUACUUUGUUCCGAGUCAUCCGACUUGCCAGAAUAGGUCGCAUCCUGCGUCUCAUUAAAGGCGCAAAGGGAAUCCGCACUCUGCUUUUUGCUCUGAUGAUGUCUCUUCCUGCUUUGUUCAACAUUGGCCUGCUGCUCUUCUUGGUCAUGUUUAUCUAUGCCAUAUUUGGCAUGUCCAACUUUGCCUACGUUAAGAGGGAAGCUGGAAUUGAUGACAUGUUCAACUUUGAAACAUUUGGCAACAGCAUGAUCUGCCUAUUUCAAAUUACCACAUCUGCUGGCUGGGAUGGCUUGUUAGCCCCGAUUCUUAACAGUGGGGAGCCGGACUGUGAUCCUAACAAAGCUCACCCAGGGAGCUCUGUUAAAGGCGACUGUGGCAACCCUUCGGUUGGGAUUUUCUUCUUUGUCAGCUACAUCAUCAUAUCCUUUCUGGUGGUGGUGAACAUGUACAUUGCUGUCAUUCUGGAGAAUUUUGGUGUUGCAACUGAAGAAAGUGCCGAGCCCUUGAGUGAGGAUGACUUUGAGAUGUUCUAUGAAGUCUGGGAGAAGUUUGAUCCAGAUGCAACGCAAUUCAUGGAAUUUGAGAAAUUGUCUGAUUUUGCAGCAGCUCUUGAGCCUCCUCUUCACCUUCCCAAACCAAACAAGGUCCAGCUGAUUGCAAUGGAUCUGCCCAUGGUAAGCGGUGACAGAAUUCACUGCCUUGACAUCCUGUUUGCUUUCACAAAGCGUGUGUUAGGGGAAAGUGGGGAGAUGGAUGCCCUCAGGAUACAGAUGGAAGACCGAUUUAUGGCAUCAAACCCUUCUAAAGCUUCUUAUGAACCAAUCACAACAACGUUAAAAAGAAAACAAGAAGAAGUAUCUGCUGUCAUUAUUCAACGUGCUUUUAGACGCCACCUAUUAAAACGAACAGUAAAACAAGCCUCCUUUAUCUAUAACAAAAACAAAACUGAAGGGGGGGCUGGUCUGGGCAUUAAAGAUGAAAUCCUUUUGGACAAGUUAAAUGAAAACUCAUUUACAGAGAAGACUGAUAUAACUGCAUCAACAGCAGUUUGUCCACCUUCUUAUGAUCGUGUAACAAGGGCAGUCAAAGAAAAGCACGAAAAGGAAGAUAAAGGUGUACAGAAAUAA